AUGGAAAUCAUUACGGAGAGGUUCUACUUGAACCUUUUCCGUUCAUUAACUCCUGUGUCAAGCCCGAUCAUCCCCACUGAUGAAGCUCCACCACGGAUUCUCCCUUCGGAAGUACGAGUCGCUAUCAAGAGCAUGAAGCCUGGCACAGCCCCCGGACCUGAUUUUAUAUCAGCAGACUUUCUUCGGGCUGGCGGCCAUCCGCUUCAUGUAAUCUUAACAGCGCACAUGACAUCCUAUCUUCAGAAAGAAAGGAUCCCAGACCACUGGAAGACCUCGCGAACCGUUCUUAUCCAUAAGAAAGGUGACCGAGAGGACCUUCGGAACUACCCUCCGAUAUGCUUGCUGAGCGUGUUAUACAAAGUAUUCACCAAGAUCAUCCUCACACGCAUAUCUAGGACGCUGGUUGAAGCCCAGCCUCAAGAACAAGCUGGAUUCCGCCACGGGUUCAGCUGCUUGGACCACAUCCAGACCGUGUCGAGGGUCAUAGAGGUUUGCCGGGAAUACCGCCUGCCCCAUGUUCUAACCUUCGUCGACUAUGAGAAAGCCUUUGACAACGUAGAAACGAAUGCAAUACUGUCAGCGCUGGUCGAUCAAGGUGUGGACGCGUCGUAUGUGAGGACAUUAGCCAAUUGCUACGAACGAUGCACGACUAGGAUACAGCUUUUCCACCGCCCUCUCCCCAUACCCAUUGGAAAGGGGGUACGACAAAGCGAUGCUACAUCGCCGAAACUGUUCACGGCUGCAUUGCAGUAG